AUGAGAGCGGAGUUGAAGAGUGUCCACGAAAAAAUGGAUAAUUUCCAAACAGCCGCCGAAUUUUUCAAUAAGCAAUAUGAGGACCUUAAAGCUGUAGUUGAGGAAAAAUCAGCCGUCAUCGAAAUCCUUAAGGAAGAAAAUUCUACUCUUAAAUCCUCGGUUCUCAACCUGACUACGAGAUUGGAAUUAGUGGAGCAGCAGCAAAGGGAUUGUAAUGUAGAAAUAAAUGGUGUUCCUGAGAGCAGAACAGACAAUCAUCUUACUGACACGAUUAAGAAAAUUGGCAAUACUGUCAACUUUCCUAUAGCUGAUACGGAUAUAUUACACGUCACAAGGGUAGCAAAAAUGGAUAAAACCAGCGCUCGUCCGCGUACUGUAAUAGUAAAGUUCCAGAGCACACGUCAUCGGGAUAACUUCCUUGCGUCAGUCGUGUUCUUCAACAAGAAGAAUCCCAAGGACAAACUGAAUACUCGACACCUGGGUAUUGAGGGCGCCAGCAUCCCCGUCUACGUAUCUGAGCAUCUCACCCCCGGCAACAAAUCUUUGCAUGCCCAAGCGCGGCAAGCAGCGAAGGAAAAAAAGUAUAAGUUCGUGUGGGUUCGUAGUGGACGUAUUUUUGUGAGAAAAGACGAAUACUCUCAGCCUAUUCUUGUUAAGUGUCCCGCCAGUCUUGCAAAAAUUAAAUAG